UGUCAGUAACCUAGAUCCUUCUGAAAUCCUUUCUUUCUUUUUCCUUUCAAGCUUUUGAUUAGCCGUCGCUUGUUCGCCAGUCCUCUUUGUAGAGCAGGGUGGAGUGUAAUCGCUCCCAGUCACCUGAGCUGCUUUCCCAGCAGACCUUAUCACCAUGGCAUCAGUCGCAUUUGUAAAGUAGAGCCUGAACGUCGAGCCACGAGUGCGUGUGUGUGUAUGUGUGUGUGCGUGUGUGAGUUGGAACCAUACCGUCACAGCAGGAUCUUCACAGAAAUCUCAAGAUGACCCGUGUUCCAACCACACGACUGCCAACGUCCUCUUUUUUCUUCCUCCUGUGUGCAGCAAGCGUACUUUUCAGUGCAGACGUGACCCUGGCGAUGAAGAUCACCUCCACCGGGCCUCAGACUUUACAGCUGGCACAAGGAGACCAGAAAACACUGGGGUGUACGUACACACCUGGGCCUGAGGACGUCGGCGAGCUGGACAUCGAGUGGACGCUGGUCAGUCCAGACACCACGCAGAAAGACAACGUGCUCCUGUCGUACUCAGGUGGAACUAAAUAUUUCCAUGGCGACCCAGCGUUAAUGAAGGGGGUGGACUUUGCGGUGAGCGACCCCACUCAGGGCGACGCCUCACUCUCGAUCGCUGAGCUCACAGCCACACACACGGGAACAUACCAGUGUAAAGUGAAGAAAGCUCCAGGAUUGGACAUGCGCAAAAUCACCCUGCAGAUUCAGGUGCGGCCGUCAGUGCCGAAGUGUUGGGUGGAAGGGGACGAGGGCGUGGGGACGUCCGUGUCUCUCCACUGCAGGUCGGACCGGGGUUCGUCACCCAUCCAUUAUGUGUGGAGGAGAGAGAGCGGAGGUCCGAUUCCUCCCACCGUUACACAGGAUCCGUUCCUCGGAGAACUUCUUAUUGCUAAUCACUCCGUGGACUUGGCGGGUAUCUACGCAUGUGAGGUGUCUAACGCUGUGGGGAAAGAGCACUGUCGAAUCAACCUGCAGGCCAUCAAACCUCCUAACAGAGCCGGUGUGAUCGCGGGCAUCGUGUCCGGAUGUCUGCUGCUCAUCAUCAUCAUCAUCAUCAUCCUGUUGCUCCUCUUUUUCCGAUGCAGACAACAGCGUCAACGCUAUGAGAAAGAGUUCUCCAAUGAGAUCAGGGAGGACGUUCCGGCGCCCGAGAGCCGACCGGUGAGCCGCGUUUCGAGUCGUCACUCCAGACAGGCCUACAGCCAGAUGAGCCAAACCGAGCACCACCAAGCAGCUUCCACCAGCACGGGAUACACACUGCCCAAAUACGACAACAAAUACGGCUACAUCGUGUGACACGUACGAACAUCAUACGAUCAUGUAUGCACAAAAUUACCCAUAAUUCAGUGCUGGAAUACAAUACACUCACAUUGUAUACAGUGUCUUAUUUAUAGUGUGCAUUUAUAUGCUGAUGUGAUGAUUUUAAAAGACUUUUUUUUAUAAAUUUAUAUUUUAGUUUUGUCAUAAGAAGGAAAUGUUCUUGUCUCUCUGUGUGUGAAUGUAUCAUUUUUAAUUGUGUAAAAAUGUUGUAAAGUCAACUAAGGGCAUUAUAAUGUAUGAAUAUUGCGUUUUUAAAGACAUUAUUAUUGCAUUAUUGAUUAUAUUCUGAAUGUAGCUACUAAUCAUUUAUCUAAUAAUCAGUAUCAACAGAUAAAAUCCAAUUCAGCAAAGACGUUAUUAACACACGUCUCCUCUAAUACUGUGAAUAAAACACCAACUUUUUAUUAAAUACA